UUUAUUGAUUUCAUCGUUGACACCGGUACGGUCUGACUGAAUAGUCAGGCUGCCAUUUACUUGGACGCUGCGGGCGCAAUGGUUAAUUAGAUCUCAUCUGGCAACACAUUCUUUACGUCAUGCCCAGUCGAUUGGUGGCGGAUAAAUGCGUGUAGAAAAUGGACGGGAGCGACCAUAGCGGGGUGCAUGUUUCGCUUGCACAUCGAAGGACUCAGUGGAAACAUAGAUCAAUAUUGUCAAGUCACGAAAGUUAAACAAAGUUAAGUCCGACGAGAAGCCCAUCAUCAUGUUGAAAGGAAGUUGCGUAUGCGGUGACUUCACCUACGAAUUGUCAGAGGGCGCGCCCGAAGCCGUGCUCAUCUGCCAUUGCAUUCCGUGCCAGAAGACUGCAGGUCCAAAUGGCAGCUACAAUGUCAUCGUGAAGGAAGACGAGUUCAAGCAGCUCAGCGGUAUCUCAAAGCCAUUCGUGCGCAAAGGCGAGUCGGGCAAGAACAUCUCUUAUGACCUGUGUGACAACUGCGGCACCAUUAUGGGGUGCUCCAUCGACGCCAUGCCAGGUGUGUACAACGUCAAGGCCGGAACCCUCGAUGAUCGCGGUUACUGGGAGAAGAAUGGCAAGCCGGUGCAGGAAAUCUUUACCAGAAACCGACCCAGCUGGUGUGGUGAGUUCCAGGGCGCCGAUCAGAAGAAUGGAGCGUGAUGAGAGUCUUCCGCUACAGCAGGAAAUACCAGGAAUCUUGUCAUAUAUGAAAGUCAUGCAGAUGGUGAAUUGACGGAGUUGUUGUCAGGAGUGAUGUUCGAACGCCAUCUGAAUUGGAGAACCGCUUUUCCAAGUAGUUUGUCCUUGACCUUGAUGGUUUCGUGGACACCCGCUAGACGCGCACGCCGGUUGAUCACGUAUGGCACUUAACCGGAUGACGAAAUUCCGCCUAGAGUACGACGAAAGAUUUUCGUAGGGACAGACCAAUUAUGUAUCGCC